AUGUGCACCGAUACAGAAAAUUUUAUUAUAGAAGCUUUAGCAGUAAUAAAGCGCGCAACUUUCUUAGACACGGGAUUUUAUCUAACAGAUACUCAGAUUUUAAGUUGUUUAAUUGUUUUAAAUCCGAAUCAUGAGCGAGGACGAUUAUUACAAGUCGCAAUUGAUGAGGGUAAAUCGACAAUAAUAAGUGUAUUAGCUGUAUUUUAUGCUUUAACGGGUAAAACUGUAGAUAUUAUAACCAGUUCUCCAGUUCUUGCAGAAAUAUAUGCAAAAGAAAAAGUAAAUUUCUAUAGUAUGUUCGAUCUUGAUUGUAGUCAUAAUAAUGACAAGAAAGUUUAUUUAUCAGGCCCAAAAGUUUGUUACAAAAAGAAAAUUGUUUAUGGGGAAGUAGCACAAUUUCAAUUUGAUACUCUAAGGACACAAUAUGCUGAUCUUAAAACACUAGGCGAUAGGAAAUAUGGAGUAGAAAUAGUUGAUGAAGUUGAUAGUAUGCUUAUUGAUGAUAGUUCAAAGAUCGCCAGACUUGCGUCAACUAUAUCAGGCAUGGAUCAAUUACAAAUAAUCUAUCAUUUGUUAUGGAAUCAUCUUUCGUUUUUACAAGAGAAAAUUAUUCAGUUAGAUAGUAAAAUGUAUUUAUUUUACGGAAAAACUAAUAUCACACAAAAUCAAAUUUCUCUAGAGUAUGAUGAUGAUAAUGGAAUUAUAAUUCCCAUUCAAGAUUUAAAAGCUGAUAUUGAAUCGACUUCAGAUAUACGUCAUAUUGGAUUCAGAAUUGCAGACGGUCAGGAAGGUGAUAAAUUCAUUAAGAAUAAUAUAAAUAGUUAUAUUAGAUCAUUCAUUGAAGAGAAUAUUACAAUACCACAAAAUUUUGAAAAUUUUGUUGAAACACAGAUACCCAAAUGGGUAGACAAUGCCAUAACAGCAUUAUUUUAUCAAGAAAAUGUACAUUAUAUUCUACAUGAUGGUUUAAUUAAACCAGUCGAUUACUAUAGUACAGGAAUUGUACAAAGUUCAUCGAAUUGGAGUGAUGGUUUACAUCAAUUUUUGCAACUAAAACAUAAUCUCAAAAUGACAUCUGAAACUUUUACUACUAAUUUUCUAUCUAAUAUAGGAUAUUUUAAAAAAUAUGGUUCAAAUUUAUGUGGUCUUACAGGAACACUUGGUUCAGAAAAGGCUAGACAAGUAUUAGAAAAUGUAUAUAAUGUGGACUUAGUUUUUAUUCCUAGUUCACGUCAAAAACAACAUCUUUCUUUGCCUGACAUUAUAGUAGCUAAUGAAAUUGAAUGA